AACUUUUGUCCUGGUAGAGAACGGUAGUUUUCGUUUAUACCCAAGAAGCCUACGAGCUAUAACCAACCGUAUACCAAUUUUCUAAUUAUAUAUUUCUGCAUUUUCAAAAGAUUACCGGGAGAAAAGAUUUUAAUAGCACUUUGAAUUCACAACCUUACAAAUGAAUCGUGGUAGUAUUUACAACUUGAUCCAGAGGGGAUCGGUUUCUAUCUUGCUUUUCGGUACUGUCGGCGGUACAGUCAUGCUUGGUCAAUCAUAUUUUGCUCAUAAGAGACGCCGUUUGGCUGCUUUAAAAGAACACGAAAAGAAUCUUCAAGAUGAAAGGUUUGCCGAAGACGAGUUUAAUCAAUUGGACCUAAAGUAAAGUAAAUAAAUCUUUUUAUAGAGUUUUUUUUAAAAAAAAAAAAGCUCUUAUCACCUUUCCAUACACAUUCCUCUCUCCUAUUUUACGCUUCAAUUCGAUUACACCCUCUUCUCUUCCUUUACAUGCCCGCCCAGGUUUCUUUUAUGGUUCUAGGAAAGCGAUGGACGCGGUCUGAGCAUGAUAUCUUUCUAGAUGUGCAACCAUGAGGGCUAUUCUCGUUGUCGAUAGGAAAACUUGCUUUUGAGGCUUUUUCCAGCUUUCAUAAUUGAUUAUAAUUAUCAUACAAAAGAACCGAAUCUUUAGAAAGCAAUGUCUGCAAGAAGCUGUAAAUGAAAUUGCAACUACAAUUAUAAUCUCAAUAAUUUAACAAAACAUAAUAAUAAAU